AUGCGAGGUCGAUCACAAACCACCUUGACUCAGGGUCUUCAGGUCCCUGCAAGGCAAUCAUCGCGAGGGUCGCCCGUCGCUAGUCACGCGGGCCGAUUGCCACUAGAACCGACUGGCAUGCCGCUGCUGCAGGCCCGAGCGGAGAGCGCGGACGACGAGCAGCGAGCUCACGAAAAGGCCACGUGUGUACAGCCAAGAGAAAGUCGGGCUUUGAUAGGUCAGAUUUUUAACCAAUCAGAAAUGAGCCAAGACCAGUACCGAAUUUUACCUCGUCACGUGACGAAGUUGCCCGGGGGUAAUUUACAGGCAUACUUUGACGUGGCGAUGGAGAAAUACUUACAGGAACGACAAGUACCACAAACACACAUCGAUGGAAGUGCGGCCAGAGGACGACAGAGGGCGCAGAGGUCAAUGGCCCAGCUGGGCCCAAGUGCAGAUGACAUGGACCUCGAUGGACCUCUGGCGAGAAUGGCCAGUGUCACCUGGGACAGGUGCCCAACAUGGUCCCUCGUAUCAAGCUCUAAGCGACGUUGGAUCUCAAGGAGUGUCAUGGUAAAGACCAAGAUGAGGACCGAGCACGAAGCUGGGUCGCUCUGUCCGUGGAAAUUGGAAGGAUUUGUUACAGGAAUUCCAGAUGCCGUUCUGUGGUUUGGGGAUGCCAGUGGCCAAUAUUACCACGCGAAGAAAAGGUUGGACGAAUCUCCGCUGGACUACCUAUACCACCAGUUGACCGUGUUACUUUUGGCUGAUGUGGAAGAGCGGGAGGAUGUACUGAGGGCGCGUCAACGGACGAAUGCUCGACGGGGCAAUUUGUUGUUCGGUCGAGCAAAUUUCGCCAGAAAGCACCGAUUCCUCCCUGAUCGGCCAAGCGAGCUUAAUCGCCGCUCUGUCCAUGCAGUUCGAGCGACCCAGGAAGGAUCAAGCUCCGAAGUCUCUAGUUUAGGCAGUUCGGAUAGUGACGGUGACCUACGCUACGGAGACGGAGAAAGACCUAGGGUCAAGGACCCCGAGGGACCAAACAUUCAGAGAGGUUGA